AUGGCUGGUGAGGACUGCGCCAUCUUUGAUGGGCUGCAUCGCCUGGAACGCCUGCUGCUGAGCAACAAUUCACUGCGUUACCUAUGCGAUCAGCUGGCCUCCAGCAAUCAUUCAACCAGCGCGCUAUCGGUGCUCGACGUGCGUCAAAAUAAACUAAAGCUGAUCAGCCCACAGCUGAUAAGUACACUAAAUACAAGUGCAACGAUAACGACCGCUUAUCUUUCGGAGAACCCAUGGGCUUGCAACUGCAGCGCCCAACCACUGCUCAACUUCGUCAAGAAUAAUCGCAAACGUUUGAGCGAUGCGCGCGUGAUGCGUUGCGAGAAUUCGCAGCUGGCACGCUUAAUUGAAUUAUCCUUUCGUGACUUUUGUCUGCCAGAGAUCGGCGUGCGUACAGUGUUGGUUGUCAUAAUUGUAUGCAUGACCGCAUUGGGACUAGUGCUCACCACAACUGCGCUCUGUUAUUACAAAUAUCAUAUGGAAUUGAAAAUUUGGCUAUAUGCGCAUCGUCUAUGCCUUUGCUGUGUGAGCGAAAAAGAUGUCGAUCGUGAUCGCAAAUGGGAUGCUUUCAUUUCGUAUUCACAUCAUGAUGAGCAAUUCGUGGAGAAGGAGCUGGUGCCGGGCUUGGAGCAGGGUCCGCCAACUUUCAAGAUUUGCAUACACGUGCGCGAUUGGCUUGCCGGCGCUUACAUACCCGAGCAGAUCAUUGACUCUGUAGAGCAAUCGCGUCGUACGAUCAUUGUGCUAUCACAGCAUUUUAUUGAGUCAGACUGGGCGCAGAUGGAAUUUCGCACAGCUCAUCAGUGCGCCGUGAAUGAGGGACGUUCGCGUAUCAUUCUUGUGGUUUAUGGUGAAAUUAAAGAUACAGAGCCGCUGGAUCAAGAGCUGAGAGCCUAUUUGAAGAUGAACACCUACUUGAAGUGGGGUGAUCCAUGGUUUUGGAGGAAACUGCGCUACGCAAUGCCACAUGCGCGAAGCGGGAGAUGGAAACUUAAAGGAGAUGCCAGCGAAGUGGAGAACAAUGAAGGGCCUUUGGAGUUUAUGGAGAGCGCAAAUACACAAUGA